GCCCUUUUGGAUGUAGCUGUGCUGGACCUAACUUCUUGUCUCGUACUGACGUGCGGCAAGAAGUUCCUGGCACAAAAAGUAGAAGCAUCACCUCUCAGCCGAUUUACAAAAAAAUGUAAGAUUUGAACUGCGACGGACGAAGUCUCCCGUAGUAGAACAGAGAUUUAUUUUUUAGUUCCGUUUCGAACAUAGACAUACACAUAGUAGCACGGAAAAGUAGGCGAACACUGGAAAAGUCAAAGUACGCCGAAUAAAAAGUGAUCCAUUUUCGGUGCUGCCCUUAAACGUAGUAGCGACCUGCUCCCUUGUUUUUCCCCCUAGCCCCCGGGGUGGCCGUCACCUUUCAGGAUCAAAAGGCGCCCAAUUUUUUGUGUAGUCAUAAAACGAACGGAUAAUCGUUAAAACCACUUUCUUACACAACAAUAAAUCUGGUUAUUUAUCAAAGUUUUGUUGACAAACGUGAAAAAAUCAAAUGACCUCCACCACCUCCGCAUUGUGCGCCCUGCACCGCGGGCUUCGCAUGGGCAGCAGUAGCGCGUCAGGCAGUCGAGCACUUUAUAGUUUUCAUCCUGCAGGGGGGCCUACCCCCACUUCGGUGUUGACGGUAGCAGGAGUAGACACAGACUUUCGAGCAAGAAAUGAACCUGUGUGUAGAAGAACAAAUAGGCAGCACCUACUAUUUUCCACGGUAGCCGCACCUCGACACGGUCCUCGAACUGGCGAUUUCGCGACCGUGCCUGCGACCAGUGGGUCAUUCGUAACACGACCGGCAGAAAGCAGCUCUACAGCCUUGGUACCAUCUUCGAGGAAUUCUUAUUUUCCAGUUGCGACCAGGAUCACCAGGACGUUCCACAGGUCCUUCAGCAGUGCGGCCGCGGCGACCGCGACCGCUGCCGAUAUCACCAUUCUCCCGAACGGGGUCGCGCAGCUGCGGAAACUGUUGAAAAAGGAGCCCGACCGGUACCUACGAUUAACCGUCAACAGCGGAGGCUGCUCCGGCUACCAGUACGAAUUCAAAAUGGACAAAACCAGAAAACCGGAUGACAUGUACAUAUAAAACAUGAGUGUGAUUCCUUGAAGAUGUUGCUUACCUUCCCUGAUGUAUUUCUGCUGCUACACAAAAGUCGUGGACGUGGUAUUGUAUGCUAAGUUCUCCUGCGACGAAGCUGCACACUGAAAAGAAUUUCGAAAAAAAAAUCAAAAUCUACUAUAACAGCGUUGUCGAGCAAGACGGCGUGACGCUGCUAGUGGACGAGUUGAGUUUGGAUUUUCUGGGUAGCUGCGAGAUCGACUACACACAGGAGAUGAUUCGAGCGAGUUUCCAGGUGGUCAAGAACAGUAGCGCGGAAGCGGGCUGCGGUUGCGGUGCCAGUUUCUCCGUCUCCAGCGGUUUCUGA